AAAGCUUGUCCAACCUUUUCUUUCUCAUCCAACAGUGCUUCAAGACUAUGUCUGCACAGUCAGGUACGACCACACGUCUCGGGUCAUGGCAUAUGAGGCAGGUCUUCUUGUGAGAGUCUUACUGAGUCUUGCGUGACAACGGAGGUGCAAUACGCACUGUGAUGCUCGUCGAGCCGACCAGCUCAGAGGGCCUUUGCGGCAACAACCGUCGCAGGAACCGCAAGCGUUCUGGGGGAGGGGGUUGUGCGCUGACAGUUAAAGAGGGUGGUCAAUUAAAUGUAAUGAAUACUCAGGGAACGACACUCCAUGUCUGCUUUAUCUCCAACACUCGAACCCAGCAUAAAGUACACACAAUUCAGACUUUCGAGCAAUACCUGUCCAAUCAAUACACAUUCGAAUCAAACUUCUUUGUCACUUCUUGCUACUUCGUAACAAAUGCUUAGAAUUCACACCAGAGUCCAACCAUGUCAAACAUUUCAGUCAU